AUGGCGAGCUCGCUCUUCAUCGUCGGUGAGAUUGGAGUAAACGAUUACCUCGUCGCGUUCGCCGGUAACACCACCGUCCGGGAGGCGCGGACCUUCGUGCCGCACAUCGUCGGCGCCGUCCGUUCAGUCGUGGCCGAGGUGCUCGCCGCCGGAGCGAGGACCGUACUGAUUCCGGGGAUGAUACCGCUCGGCUGCGACCCACAUCUGCUCGCCCUCUACCAGAGCGGCGACCACGACCCGGCGUCCGGCUGCAUCAAGUCUCUCAACGACCUCGCGGAGCUGCACAACCGCGCGCUGAACGGCAUGCUCGGAGAGCUCCGGCGAGCGCACCCGGGGACAACCAUCCUCUACGCCGACCUCUACGGCGCCGUUGCCGACCUCAUCGCGUCGCCCCGGAAAUACGGGUUCAGGGAUGAGCCGCUGGCGGCGUGCUGCGGCGGCAGCGGCGCGUACAACUUCAACAUGACGGCGUUCUGCGGCGCGGCCGGGACGGCGGCGUGCGCCGACCCGCCCGAGUACGUGUCCUGGGACGGAGUGCACUUCACGGAGGCCGCCAACAGGCACACGGCCUGUGCCACGUUGAAGACCAACUCGCAUCCUCUGCUCAAUUCGUGGACGGCGGAGGCGAGACGAAGGAUUGGGUGCGCGGUGCGCCUAAAAGCUUAG